ACUACGAGGAUCGCGGUUCAGUACGAUACCACCUCCCUCCGCGCACGCAACUGCACGAGAGAGGCAGCACAUGGGCAGGCUCGUCUCGGCAGCAGUCUCUACACCUCUACUUUCUUACCGUACCCAAAGGCGAGUGGUGCUACACUCUCAGUGAGACCUGCUAGUGUCAGACAAGCUUUAUCAUUAUUUUUUAUUUCUUAGUUACUAUCUUGUAAAAGUGUUUGAUCCAACGAAUUUCAACGUAACCCCCGUGGUCAUAGUGAAUUUUCAAUUAUUUCAUAUUUUUUCGGAUAAUUUACACUGGUUUAUUUGUAUUUAUUACUUGUGGUUAUUUUAUUUAUCAUGUGGAUGAUAUUUUGAAGGAGCUGAAGAACUUUGAAAGGAAUCGUGUCCUGUUCCUCAAUGGGGUACAGCUCGCGUUUACACCUACCAGACAGUAGUCGUAAGAACAACAAUAACGUGUCAGGUCUUUGAGUUCCCUGUGGGUAAUUGCGCCCAGUAAGGUCGUAAAGAAACGGAAGACAGUUUUAUAGCCCUCGACCCACGUGGCGGUCGUAAAGCAACUCGUCUCUCGUGUGGCGGUUGCUUGCCUCUCUAUUAGUUGGCGUGACCCUCCCCCUCAUUCAUUAUCGAAUCAUUACUACUGCUUUAAGUCAACCGUUCAUCUAUAAUAUUUUGCGAUUUUUAUUAUUUUCAUCUUGAGAAGAGGAACUGUGGAAAAAUAAAAAAAAGGUGCUAACUUGGCGUGGUGAUGAUACACGAGUGACAUGCUGUUAUCUACACGUGAUUCUAAAUAAUCGCUAAUUGCGAAGUCAUUAUUGUUGGUGUAAUUAUAAAAAUGGUUAGAUCCAAGAUUUAGAGAAAUCAUUCUACUUGAUAUCAGGGAUUAUACAAGUGCAGAUGACGUGAAAAUUGAAGUGAAUUUAAGAAACUUUCGUGUGAUAACGCGCGUCACCGUUGUCUUCGUAUUUAAGCGAAGAACGUAAAGCGGUCGACUUGUUUGGCUCUAACAAUGAGCUCCUAUCAGUUCGUGAAUUCUUUAGCAUCAUGCUACGGAAGCCAACAAACUCAACAACAACCGCCACGGCCGACACCAAAUUCUCCAAGUGAUACACUUCAAGCUGCUUCUCCCGCCGGUAAUGAUUAUUACAACCCCAAUGCAGCAACAACCGGUUAUCCAACUCCAUGCUAUUCACCUCAGCAGCACUAUCCUCAACAUCCUUAUGCAACACCAGCAGGAGGAUUACAACAUGCACCACCAUCGGGGAUGAUUGACUAUACUCAGCUUCAACCUCAACCAAGGUUAAAUGCAGCAUCAGCCUCACAGCAUCACAGUUUGCAUGCUCCGCAGUCACAACACCAUCCACAGCAUCAUCCUCAACAACAGAUUCACCCAGACCCCACAGCACCGCUUCUGCAAAGUGCAGCAACAUCGACACCAUCAACAUCAAGCUGCAAAUAUGCCGAUUCAACAUCCUCGACUAGUGUAGCUUCUCCACAGGAUUUGACUACAUCGACAUCGCGAAAUAGUCCAACACCAUUAGCUGGAACUAGUAAAUCUGGAACCAGUUUAACAUCACCACCUGGUAGCUCCUCCAGGCCGUCAGUUGCAGCAUCAGCAUCAUCACCGCCCAGUGGUAGUUCUAGAGGAAUCGCCGAAGGCAGUGCUACUCUCACGACAGCAUCUUCAGCAUCAUCUCCAGCUUCUUCAACGUCCAGCACUUCUAGUACGGGCAAUAACUCAUCCAAUAAAGCCAAUUCCAGUUCUGGCAAUCCUCCCCAGAUUUAUCCAUGGAUGAAGAGGGUUCACAUCGGACAAAGUACUGUGAAUGCCAAUGGUGAAACGAAACGGCAAAGAACAUCGUACACGAGGUAUCAAACUUUAGAAUUGGAGAAAGAGUUUCAUUUUAACCGCUACCUGACAAGACGGCGGCGCAUUGAGAUAGCACACGCACUGUGUCUUACAGAGCGUCAAAUCAAAAUAUGGUUUCAAAAUCGACGAAUGAAGUGGAAAAAGGAGCACAAGAUGGCGAGUAUGAACAUCGUACCGUAUCACAUGUCGCCAUACGGUCAUCCCUACCAGUUUGCACCGCACCCAAGCCAGUUCGCCCAUUUGGCCACAUAGGACGAGUUCUCGCCUGCCGAGCUCGGAGCACAUUCUGUCCGGUUUCCCGGUAUGUACGGUGAACAGAAUUUCUAGGCUUCCUGUGCAAAUGUCCCGUCAACUUAUUUACAAGACAAACUGCAGCAUCGAAUGACAACCGCAUUUUACUCACUUCACCAACAUCCUAGCAGAGCAUUCGAAUGAUUUGUCGUUCGAUCUCUCCAUUAUUGCAUCAAGCAAGUAUCGUCAUCAAAGCCAAUUAGAUCGAUUGCUUUUGUAAAAUUCAUUUAUUUAUUCGAAUCUUGUAGCCAUCGAUCUCUUUAUGUAAUGUAUUACUUACAUCGUUGAUCAAUCACUACAUACUCAAGUGAAGAGACACUUACGUCAUUCGAUUGCUGGGGAUACUCUAGUCAAAUGACUAUUUAAAGUUGAACGGAAGCCAAAUAGACACAAUUCUGCUCAAAAGUAUUUACCGUAUACCUAAAAAUAAUUGAGACUGGACUAAGACUCCGAGAAGACUCUCACCUAAAUGCAAUAACAAUUAAGAUAAACAAAGAUUAUUCGUUUUAAUAUGACAUUGCAGAGAGUCUUACUCAGUGGGCGAGAUGAAAUAAAAAGUUCAUUAGUGUGUAAGAUUAAAUCUAGAACGUCUGAUUAAUUAAUAACUUAAUAGUUAUGUCCGACUGUAUAAAUUAUAACAUAUAGACGCUGUAUUUAUAUUUUCGUGGGUUUAUAUUUAAUAUGGCGCUUGCAAUUUAUUGUUAGUUGAGUUAUUUGAUACCAAUUCUUACAUUUUUUGAGCCUGUUUAAAAUUUACUCAUCUUAAUAGACGUAUUUUAUUGUCAAGAUAUUUUUCAAGCCCUUAAUUUGGAUCUCUUCCUAUCAAUUCCAUUUUUAUUGUUCAUUGAAAAAGUUUUUAAUAUUAAAAUUAAGUAGAUUACAAGAAGUAAGUUGAAUUUUUGUAAAAUAUUUCACAAGUUUGAUCUUAAUCAAACAUUUUAAAAAUAAAUAUUAAGAUAGAAAUUAUUUGCCAAAUUAAGGGUUAAAGAUUGCUGUAAAGUUUAUACCGAAAACUGAAACUUCGUCAAUUAUUCUAUUCUUAAUUUAAUCAAUUAAGUCAAUCUCAGCUGACGAACAAAUAAAAUAAAAACUGUACAAAAAUAAUUUAAUUUUUACACAUGACUUUUGUUAAAUUAAUACUCAAAGUACUUAUGUUUAGAAAUAAAUUUAAGCUUUUUGUUGUAAUAAAUUCAUUAAAAAAAAGCAUUAAAUUUAAUUAAACUUCAAAAUGAAAUUAAAAAAAACUUAUUAGUCAAUGAAUUAUGAUGGAAGAGGCAUCAGUUUGGAAUUUUAUAGAAGAAUUAUAGACAUAUAUGAAAUUUACAAAAAUUCUAUGAUAAAGCUGUUGAGAUACAUUAGCUGUGCAGUUCGACAAUGCUUUCAAAUCUAAAGCAUUUGAAGAUAAAAAUUAAUAAACUAUAAAAUAAAUAAACAUAGUGUAAAAAAACCUACAAAAUUGGAUAAAUUCAAUACAUCUACUUAUAACGAUUAAUAAGUAAUCCUAAUAAAUUAAAUUACCAGAAUAAUUAUCUGAUAUAUAAAUAAUAAAUUAAACAAAAGGAUGAAAAUUUAAAUGUAAAUUAAACGAAAAAAAAAACAAAGCUUAUUAUAAAUCUUAAAGCCGAUAAUUGUUGGCUAAGUGUAUAAAUUACCCAUGAUAAAAGAAAAACAGUCGAGACAUAAGUGCGUUCUAUUAACUAGAUUGCAAACUCGUGUAAUUGGAUAUAUUGAAUAUUCUUGUGAUACGAAUUUCACAGGAAAAUAAUCACCUGGUUAUAGGGACAUUUCAUAUUUAGUUGUGAUUGUAUUAAAAAAGGAGAAAAUAAUUGUUACGAUAAAACAAAUUCGGAAGUAUACAGGGAUCUAUAUGAGUAUACAUAGUAAAAAGCGACGAGAUGAGCGAUUUAAAUAAAUAAAAAUUAAUAUUGUACAUAAUUAUAUUAAAUAUUGACUAUACUGGCGUGAUAUACUGGGAAUAAUGAAAAGGCUGAAUGUUAAGUCGAAAAAUUUACUUUUUAACGAAUUUGUGUUCUCAGCUUUCAUUUUAAUUGAAUUUUACAAAUAAGCCUCCUACACUUCUAUUACUUAUGUAUUUAAUAAACUGAAUAUUAAACGAUAUUAUUAAAAA